AAUUUGAGAUAAUAUAUUAUUUUUCAACAGCUUUAGAGAAUUGAGUUGGAGAAUGCAGCAAGUCCUUAUCUCUCCAUCUACUUUUACUCUUUUCUUUCCCUCUCUCUUACUUUUUGUCUCUUCUCGUUCGCUCUUUUUGUUCUCUUCCUCCUACCGUCAAAUACUCCUUGAUUAGAAGGACCUUGGAACUUGUACCUUGAAAUUUAGAGUUUUCAUUCAGAACUAGUUUUUACUGUUUAAUCCAAUAAUAAUAAUAAUAGAAUAGUACAUGGUAGUCUUCUUCUGUACAACCUUCAGAGAACUACAGCACAUUUAUAAAGUUUCAGUCACUGGAAAGGAGUCUAGAAAUCAUCGGUUAUUUAUGAUAAAACUUGCUACAAGCCUACAUCAGAUAGGUUAAUUUCACUUUUACUAUAUCAGAAUGCAAAACCCACUACUAUUCGUCCUACUCUACAUAGGCAGCAUAGAAUGCGCCAAUAUUCUGGCCUUAGUUCCCGUCAACUCCCGCAGCCAUUUCAUAGUAAUGGAGCCAUUGUUCAAAGCGCUAGCAUCGCGCGGACAUCAAAUCACAGUAGUGAGUCCUUUUCCUCAGAAAAAACCACUGCCAAACUAUACCGACAUCGAUAUCUCCAAAUGGUUUCCCUCUAAAGGCAAGUCGUUCUCUAUCGAUUUCAUCAAAUCGAACGCAGGCCUCCAAGGUUUGCUAUGUUUCAAGGCUAUCGCUGGCAUAGGUGAUGUCACAUGUGACGUAAUAUACAGUGACCAACGUGUCUCCAAGCUAUACAACUCGACCGGCAAAUUUGAUUUGGUCAUCACCGAAAUCUUUUCCUCCGACUGUUUUGUAUUGUUCGCCGAAAAAUUCGACGUACCUCUGAUUUCAUUUGUGACAAGUGUCAGCCUGCCCUGGUCCAACGAUCGCAUAGGAAACCCCGACAACCCGUCCUACAUUGUCAACUAUAUUAACGAUUUUGCCCACCAGAUGUCGUUCUACGAGAGGGCUAUCAACACGGCUACACUGAUCUACAUCAAAAUGAUUAACUAUUAUCACGCCGAUCUGGCACAUAGGAAAACGGUGAACAAGUUUUUUGGUGAUGAAGCUCCCGAGUUUCAUGAAGUGUACAAUAGGCGGACGGCACUGAUUUUUGUCAACAGUCAUUAUACGGUCAAUCAACCGAGACCCAUGGUGCCGAAUUUUGUAGAAGUUGGCGGUAUUCAUCUACAGCAGUCUGAGCCAUUGCCAAAGGAUUUACAAGAUAUGUUGGAUAAAGCCAAAGAUGGAUUUAUUCUAUUCAGUAUGGGCACACUGGUCAAUUGCACAACAUUUUCCGACCAUGUUUUAUCGUCAUUUAUGAAUACAUUCAUCACAUUUGGAAAUCUGCUGGUGCUGUGGAAAUAUGAUGGCAAGCUGCCGAAUCAACCCAAAAACGUUAUCACAAGAAAAUGGAUGCCUCAGAAGGAUAUUCUUGUUCACAAAAACGUGAAGAUGUUCAUCACGCACGGUGGUCUCUCGAGUACCCUGGAGGCAGUGAACGCAGGAGUGCCUGUACUGGGCAUUCCCAUGUUUGGUGAUCAGCCCGCAAAUAUUAUGAACUUAGUGAGGAGAGGUGCGGGAAUUUCCAUUGACUACGACGACAUCACAACUGAAAAACUUACAUCGUCCAUCAGAGAAAUCAUAGAGGAUAAGAGCUACAAAGAAAACGCAGUGAAGCUGUCGACGUUGUUCAAAGACCGGCCACAGAGUGCUUUGGACAGCGCCAUCUUCUGGACGGAACAUGUACUGAGGCACAAGGGAGCACUCCAUAUGCGCAGUGCUGCUGCAGACAUGCCACUCUACAAACUGCUACUGCUCGAUGUUACUCUCAUUUUCCUCGCCAUUAUAAUCGUUAUUUGCGCCGGAUUCUACAAGAUCACAAACUAUUUUUUAGGAUUGGCCACAAGUACAAAACUGAGAGAAAAAUCAACAACUAAAAUUAGAGCAAAAAGAGAUUAAAUAAUGUAUUCCAGAUUUCAUGUGAAUGACUAGCGUUUUUUUAACAAACUCAAGUUAUUGAAAUGGAUUAGAUUUCUCUAAAAUAUUUAUAUUUUUAUAAAGAGCGUUUUUCUAUCAAUAAACAAUAUUAUACCAUGACUAAUGUA